CAAGACCGUAAAACCCUACUAGAAACUCAGACAAAACAACUCUGGGCCUCUGGCCGGUCAAACAUCCUACUUUCCUGCGCACUCAUGGCUUCCAGGCGAGUAAGAGCAUUUAAGCGGUGGAUGAGUUCCCACGGCAUUGAAUACAGCGACGCACUCCAUUUCAAAGACGACCCAGAAAGAGGAAUCUCCGUUGUCGCCUUAUGUGAUUUGAAGGAAGGUGAUGUGGUGGCAACAAUUCCAAAAACUGCAUGUCUCACUGUUAAAACUAGUGGGGCUUGUAAAAUGAUUGAGGCAGCUGGUUUGGGUGGUAUUUUAGGCUUAUCAGUUGCUUUGAUGUAUGAGAGGAGCUUGGGUGAGGAAUCUUCUUGGGCUGGUUAUCUUCAGCUCUUACCUCAUCAAGAGUGUGUGCCUUUUGCUUGGUCUCUGGCUGAAGUUGAUUCUCUUUUGUGUGGGACUGAGCUCCACAAGGUACUCUUUAAUCAUAAAACUGGGGCUGAGGAUGUACACUUCUCUUCUGUUUCUUCACAUCAUGAAUCUGUCAAUGACGAUGAUGAUGACAAUCAUGAAUAUGCUAAUGCUUCUGGUGAUGAUGAUGAACCAUCAACUGAAAAUUCUGACCAGGAUAGAGAUGAGACUGAUCCUUCCAUGGGAAAUAAUUCUUCUGAUAGCAGUGAUGCAGAACCUUCUUCUGUUUCAGGGGAUGAUUCCUCAGUGUUGCAAAUGAUUAUGGUGAAAGAUGUCAAAGUUGGAAUUGAGAUUUUCAAUACCUAUGGGUUGGUAGGAAAUGCUGCAUUGCUUCACAGAUAUGGGUUCACGGAGCCAGAAAACUCCUAUGAUAUUGUGAAUAUUGAUUUGGAGUUGGUGCUUCAAUGGAGUUCUUCUUUAUUUUCUAGCCGAUACACUAGAGCAAGGUUGUCCUUGUGGAGAAGAUUAGGGUAUUCUGGAUGUGUCAGUCAAAGUUCUGAAUAUUUUGAGAUAGCAUUCAAUGGAGAGCCCCAAAUUGAGUUGCUAAUAUUAUUAUACUUCAUUUUACUACCUGAAGAUACAUAUCAUACGUUGGAUCUAAGUUUAUCAGCUGGUGAGAGUUACAAUGAAGCAAUAUGUACGAUUUUGUCCAAGAAAAACAACAUUGCAUUGGAAAACACUUCAGAUAUGAGCACAGAACUAUUCUUCACUGAAAGUGUUUGUAAUGCGCUCUCUUCAUUGGCGGAUAUGCGGGAGAGUUGUUACGCCAUCAAGUCAAAAGAAGAUGAUAUUGAAGUCCUGAGAAGUGGUUCCACAAAAGAUAGGAAGUUGUACCAUUCUUCGGUAUUACGUUUAAGUGAGAGAAGGAUUCUGGAGAAUUUAAGAAAUUAUGCAGCUGCUCUUAUGCAGUCACUGAGACCUGCUAAGCGAAGCUCUAUGAGAAAGAGAUUAAAGAGGAAUGGGAUGCAGCAUUAAUUCUUUCGUCUAAUCAGUUUCCAUGGUUAUUCUUUCCCUGCUUUCUCUCUGUUAUCUUGUCAGAUUUAAUUUUAUCAAGCAACGACAAUGAGUACAAUGAUGCUAACACAAUAACUGGUCAGUAAUACAUUGGCAAUCUCAUUUAAGGUAAUUUUUCUCAUAGUUGUGUUAAUCAAAUGCAAUUGUAUCACUUAAGAUGCCAUGUAGCUUAUGUUUGUAAUUCUGUGCCAUUUUGAUUGAUUGAAUUGUAUUCAAAUAUAUGAGUUUCACUUAUUCAUCUAAGCUUGUUUUUCGGAAGAUUUCAA